AAAGAGAUUCUUCAUUUGUGGUCUGUGAUUUCAUUGAUCAGAUAAAUAUUUUCUUUUAGCGUGAAUAUUUUUUGUAUGAUUACUGUUUGCAUCACUUGGGUGAAUAAUCAUGGAAAUAGAGAAUGCUCAGAAUAAUGAUGUACAAACAGCCGCAAUUGAGGAAUCUGCAAAAUCAAUAAAUCCAGAUCAAGAAACAAACACAGCGGCACCGGCGCUUACAGCAAAUGGAAACGAAGCUAUUUCAGGCGCUCAGCCUUCAAUUUCAAAAGAUGUUCAAAAACCUUCUCCAAAAAAGCCCAAGAAAAGGAAACCUAAAACACCGCCUGAUGGCCCACGACCACCACUUACUGGAUAUAUAAGAUUUCUCAAUGAAAAGCGUGAUCAGUUACGCGCUGAACAACCAGAACUUGGAUUUGGAGAGCUAACAAGACAAUUGGCUAAUAAAUGGAGUAAACUGCCGGCUGAAGAGAAACAAGUAUAUUUAAAUGCUGCAGACCAGGAUAAAGAACGAUAUGUAAAAGAAUGUGCUGAAUAUGAAAAAUCCUUUGGCACAAGUGUUGAGUUUGCAAAACAACAUGGAAUGGAACACAAAGAUGCGGGAAGUACAUCUAAGAAAAUUAAACAGAAUACAAAUACCAACAAUGCAGUUGUAGAUACAGCUGCCACACACAUAGCUGAACAGAAUGUAGUCAAUGCUAACGUCGUAGCGACUGCCUCCGUCAAUAAUGCUGCACGACAGCCUACACCACCUCGACCAAGGCCCUGUAUUACACCAGCUUCUGGUGAGGAAAUGUCUGGUGAUACAGAUAUACCUAUAUUUACUGACCAGUUUCUGCAACACAACAAGCUUAGAGAGUCCGAGCUGCGGCAGUUACGUAAAGCUAACUCUGAUUAUGAACAACAGAAUGCGAUACUCCAGCGGCACGCAGAGGAAGUGAGCGCGGCCACGGCGCGGCUGCGCGCCGAGACGGCGGCGGCGGCGGAGCGCACCGCGGCGCUGGUGGCGCACCGCCGCGCGCUCGUCGGCUGCUUGGUGCAGGCGCUGCAGGCUGUUGCCUUGCCUUUACAAGGUGGAUCAGUUGGUGCAUCAGAGAGCAAUAUAGAAGAGUAUAUGGAAAAAUUGCAAAGCUUUGCAUUAGAAACUAAAAACAGCCCAUUAGUCAAACAGGCGAAAGAUAUUUUAAAUAGAACUGAGCUCCCAUUAGUUUAAAAGGAUUAAAUAAAAAUUGUUCAUGGCUUA